AUGGGACUUGAUCGCGGCCAGCGCCGUUUCUUCCUCUUCCUGGUCGUCACUGGCCUCAUAAUACUUUUCUUCAAUCUUUCUAUGCUCUCGGGUACAGAUAUGCGAUCAAAUUUGAAGAAGAUUCCUAUACCAGGUCUGAAAAAUAAGCCGGACUCAGAUUCCUCAAAAUCUUCCCCGUCGCAUCAAGAUCAAGAAGUGGUGGGUGACACUGCAGACCAACAUCCUAUAGCUGCUCUUAUGAAAGAGGCAGAUGAAGCCUUCCGAGUAUAUGACGAAAGCAGAUCGAAAACAUUUCAGGAAACCGUGGCAAAAUAUAGAAGGAAAUAUGGAAGGCAUCCACCCCCAAAAUUUAGGGAAUGGUACAAAUUUGCCCGAGAUAGGAACGUUUACAAUAUCGACGAUUUUGAGCAAGUCAUGGAUGAUCUACGCCCAUUCUGGGGAGUCGAUCCCGCGAUUAUUCGAUCUCAAGCGGCGCAUCUCCAUGCAAUCGAACACGAUGGCAUUUCGGGAAUUCACAUACGAUCUGGGAAAGUUUGGAUGUUGAGCAACGAGAAUUGGAGGGCAGAAACUAUGGAAGAAAUGAUCAAACCCUACGUUAAACACUUGCCGGACAUGGACAUUGCUAUGAAUAGACUAGAUCAACCGCGCGUAGCAGUACCAUGGGAUGAUAUGCAGGCCCUUCUUGCCAAUGAAACGGCAAGUAGACUUAUGCUGCCAGAGGCUGUGGCCGAAUUUACCACAAAUAUGUCUGGAUUAUGGCAAAAUGGGGCGUCAUUAUUCGAAGAUGGGAAGACUGAGCCGCUUUUGAAAGAUCCGGAGUGGUUCAGGGCCCCAGGACAACAAUACAUGUUAAUCGCAAAAGAAGCCUGCCCUCCGGAGUCCCAUGCGAGAGAUCCAGAGCUUCAACAAUCUACUGCAGAAGCCACGUACAAGAGUGCCGAGGGGGGCUUCAUUACAAAUUUUAAUCUCUCCUCUGAUCUUUGUACAAUCGGCCCUGAAGUCCAGGACAAGCAUGGGUUUCUGUACGCAAGUAGCACAGUAGUGGCUAGCAAGCUUCCGCUCCCUGUGUUUGGAGAGUGUAAAGUGAAUAUCAACAAUGAUAUUUUGUUUCCCGCCAAUAAGUACUACGAUCUUGAAGAUGUUCGAUAUACCUACGACCCGAAAGGUGAUGUAAGUUGGGAUGACAAAGUGGAUAAUAUGGUUUGGAGGGGUGUCAGUUCUGGCGGGACAAAUACAGCAGAGACUUGGAAGAACAUGCAUCGCCAAAGAUUAGCUCUACUCACUAAUGGCACGGUUAUGCAAGAUACGAAUGUCAACAUUAUGGCCAUGGAUCCGGAUAAUGCUGGUGCAUAUAAACCAUAUGACCAAUUCCAACCUGGUGAAUUCGCCACGAAAUACACAGAUGUGGGUUUCACCGAGCCCUAUUCCUGUGUACCAGACUGUGGUUUCUAUGAUAACGUAUGGACCUACAAGUCAGCCGUAGAACUCACCGACCAAUUCAAAAGAAAGUUCCUCAUUGACGUUGACGGGCAUUCAUUUUCCGGGCGUUGGCAUGCAUUUCUCCAGAGCAAGAGUCUAGGCAUUAAAAGUACCAUCUUCAGGGAAUGGCACGAUAGUCGAUUAUUCGCAUGGAGACAUUUCGUCCCAUUAGAUAAUCGAUAUGAUGAAUUAUACAGUAUUCUCACGUAUUUCAUCGGAUUGGGAGAUGCAGAUUCGAAAGGAAAGGAUGGAAAGCCUUAUGUACAAAGACAUGAUUUCGAAGGGAGGAAAUUGGGGAGACAGGGAAGAGAAUGGGCGAAAAAGGUGCUGAGAAAGGAGGAUAUUGAGAUCUAUACCUUCAGACUCCUAAUCGAAUACGCCCGUAUAAUCGACGAUAACCGCGAUAGGAUAGGCUACUCGGGCGACGGCAGCGAGCUGGACAAAUAUGAUAGUCAGAACCCGAUUUCCGGCCAACAUGGAUGGGGUUACUCGGCGAAGAACAUUUGUAUUAUGAGAGGCUCCGGAGGUGCAGGAAUCGUGCUUACGGCACUCUUGUAUCUUCGACGCCACGAGCUUGACUUACCUGGCUCCUCCCUCAGCGUUGCUACCGCCAAACUGAAAUACAACAUUUUAAACCCUGAAAUUUUGAGCAGCGCGGCUUACCAGUACACGCAAACCGGACCAGAUCUAAGAUCUAGGUUACUUUCUCCUGCGAGGAAUGAUCUACCUAAAGGGUAUACCUUCGCUGGUCUUCCGAAAAUGAUUGUUGAUCAUGGAGAUACGGAGGUUUUUGCUUAUGGAAUUAGAAGAUUUCUUGAGGCAGUCAAAAAUUACGGCGUUCAGCUUGAAGUUAUCAAGGCUCAAGGCAAGCUCGAUUGUUAUUCAUUCGAUGCGGAAGACGGGAUUGCAAGCGGUAUUUAUGGAAAACUCGCAUCGUGUAUGGACGCCGAUCAAGACACUUGA